AUGGCUCCUUGUACCAAAACUGAAUACGACACGUUCAAGGACCGAUUCCUUCGCCUCCCAAGAGAGCUGCGCGAUCUGGUCUAUGCUAAUGUUUACGCCGAUUCAGCACCAGUGGACAUGGGGACUAUUGAUGCAGAUCCAACAAGCAUGGCUCUAGUCACAUCUCAAGGACACCAGCUAGAUCCGGAACAUGCGGCGGAGGUCCUAGAGGCAUUCUACACCCAUAACACGUUCAAUGUCACCUUCCCGGAUGGCGAUGUUAUAACUCGCACUUGGCCUAUCCCAUUGAGUCCGCAUCCACAAUACCACAAAUACAUUCGAACACUCAACGUUUACGCACGAGAAGCGGACAUCAGCCCAACUGCCUCUCUGAGAGCCAUCGAAAACAGGUACAAAGAUGUGACGUUUCUUAGAAGGGUGCACUGGGAAAGUUUUCUAGGGUUGCCACGGCUCGAGCGAUUAAAUAUCUACCUGCAAAAGCGACACAGUCAAUACUUCUCAUGGGCAGACUUCAGCCCAGUCCUUAUCGAACUACGCCAAAGAUUGCCUAGGCUCCAACUGACUUUCAGCAUCUCUUUUGACACGCUGCUGGAACGGUACUGGUCCGACCCCAUCUGGGAGAAUUAUACGGAGCCUGGCAACGUGGUCGAGACACCCUACGACCCGAUGGGGUUCGUCGACAUUUCUGAACUGAUCAAGGCACCUACGGAAGAGGACGUCCAGUAUGUGCAAGAGCAUUGCUCUGAGCAAAAGGGAAGUCCUGGCAGGGAUAUCCUGACAGGUCUCCUCGAUGAGACAGCACCGCAGCGAAGAGCACUGGCAGUGCAUUAUGUCGUUCGCGAACCGUCUCUACUAAGGGUACGGAUGAUGGAGCACUAUGAGACCUAUAAGAGGACAAUGAGGACCGUAGCAGACAAAAACCCAGUCUAA